UCCAAGCGCCGACCCCUCUUGAAUUGGCAGGUAAGCGUUUUCAUCCUCAAACAAAGCCUACUGUAUGAUUCUGAUCCAUAGGCGACAGCACAAUGCUUUAGCUUUAACCCGUUGAUCAUUAUCACGAUAAAAACGUAUGUUGAAUUACUACAUCUAAACAUGUCAAUUUCAAGGUCUGAAGUUAUCCGUUUGCUCUAUGAGACCCCUCCACCCUCUCUUCACCCCUCCCUUCUCCCCUUUCUCUCUGCAUCUCUGCAUUCUCUCUUCUCGCUAUCGUAUAGGAAGCUCAAUGCAGCUGUAAAGCAGCAUACUUAUGAGACAGGCAGGGAUAGUUGUAAUUACGAGACACACUCCCUCCUUGCGGAUCAGGAUCCCCGAAGACUGUUUUAACAGUAGUUUAUUUUGAACGCAAUUUCUUGAUUUCGUCGGAAAAUGGAUAGCGGCAUUUCCUGCUUAUCCGCAUCUGGCUAAACUGAAUUAUUCAUUUCCCGCGUCAGUUAGUCGUUGUUCUUUUUCUGAAUAUCACGGUGUUUUAUUUGUUUAUUUAUUUCCUUUUAGUAGAGACUGGUUCACCCCUAGACACCACCAUGACAGCCUUGUGAACUGCAUGAUUCGGAAAAAAAAUACGUUUAGUAAUCGAUUUUUGAUUUUUAGAGGUGAGUAAACCCGCACAGGUUUCGUUUUAUCUGGUCGGUGCUGCUGCUUCGUGUUUAUACCUUUAGGCUACUGGUUGGUCCAACUUCAAGACCUCGAUAUAAGCAAAGCAUCUUGACUGUGAACUGGGUGUUCGGGCAGCCCAAUUUGUAUUCGUUUCAUUAUCAUGAACUGGAAAGAAUGCUGGAAUUGUUUUGCAGUUACUUCAGCUUCUCGCCUACAGUCCUUGUCGUUUUAAGGCUGAGGUGGUUACAGUGUCUUUAGUUCACCCCGGACUGAAUUGCUUCAAGGAGAUAUAACAACCUUGGGAAUCCUACGAUAUAUAUAUAUAUAUAUAUAUAUUUAUUUAUUUUUUAUAACAAGUGGAGCCUGUCAAGAAAGAGACGCAUAGGCUGAAAUCUGAGUCCACUACGAUAGCGGACCAACGUCUGAAUGGGAGCGCCACAUCUCAAUGCCCUGCCAAUGUCCAUCUCUCAAGAAAAACGAUUUACGAACGCUUACAGUUACUAAAUGGUUUUCUGGGGGAUUUAUAAAAGGCAAAAUGCUGCUUCUAGUUCUGUUGGCCUUUUCCGUAUCAAGUACGUUUUCUGACUUGGAUUCUGACCUCUCAGCGGAGACCUGCAGCGCCUGUUCUUGCAUGUCCAUUGAAAACGUCCUCUAUGUGAACUGUGAGAAAAUAACUGUGUACAGACCUACCCAGCUGCUGCCCCCGGCCUCUAGUCUCUACCAUUUAAAUUUCCAAAAUAACCUAUUGAUCAUCCUUUACCCCAAUUCCUUUCUCAAUUUCACACAUGCAGUCUCUCUUCAACUGGGAAACAAUAAAUUACAGAACAUCGAGGGAGGGGCCUUUUAUGGCCUUAGUUCAUUGAAACAGCUGCACUUAAAUAACAAUGAACUAAAAGUGCUCAGAGCUGAAACUUUUUAUGGGAUCGAAAACUUGGAAUACCUCCAGGCUGACUACAAUUUGAUCAAGUAUAUUGAAAAAGGAUCCUUCAACAAAUUGCAUAGACUGAAAGUUCUCAUCCUCAAUGAUAAUCUCGUACAGAUCCUUCCUGAUAAUAUUUUUCGCUUUGCUUCCCUUACACAUUUGGAUAUAAGAGGAAACAGAAUUCAGAAGUUACCCUAUCUUGGAGUUUUGGAACACAUUGGACGUAUAGUGGAAUUACAGCUUGAUGACAACCCAUGGAAUUGCACUUGUGAUUUGUUACCCUUGAAGGCGUGGUUGGAGAACAUGCCCUAUAACAUUUUUAUUGGGGAGGCUAUAUGUGAAACCCCUAGUGACCUGUAUGGACGGCUAUUGAAAGAAACAAACAAACAGGAACUGUGUCCGAUGGGAACAGGUAGUGACUUUGAUGUAAGGAUGCCCCCUUCACAGCCAGAAUAUGGCCAAACAACAUCCGAUCAUUUACCCACUAUGUUGCCUCCUGUAGCCACCAAAGCUCCCAAAACAACAAAUCCAUCCAAGAUGUAUGGUAACGGGAUUGUUGGUUUACCCGGUCUGAAUAAAAAUAUUCCAAUUAUGUCCUAUCAAACAAGAACCCCACCUCUCUCCUGCCCACAGCCUUGCACCUGCAAAGCUCACCCAUCAGACUUUGGCAUCGGUGUUAGUUGUCAAGAAAGGAGUAUAAACAAUCUAGCAGAUCUCAUUCCUAAGCCACCAAAUGCCAAGAAGUUGCACCUGAGUGGUAAUUAUAUCAGAGAUAUCAGUCCAGUACAUUUCCAAGGCUUUGAGGGUUUAGAUUUAUUACAUUUGGGCAGCAAUCAAAUAGUUACAGUUCAGAAAGGGGUCUUUGCAAAUCUGACCAACCUGCGUAGGCUUUAUCUCAAUGGUAACCAAAUAGAGCAGUUGCAUCCUGAGAUGUUUCUUGGUCUCAGUAACCUCCAAUACUUGUAUUUGGAAUACAAUGCCAUAAAAGAGGUGUUAGCAGGGACCUUUGACUCGAUGCCAAAUCUGCAGUUGUUGUAUCUGAACAAUAAUGUUUUAAGGAGUCUCCCUGCCUAUAUAUUUGCUGGUGUUUCUCUGGCUCGGCUGAAUCUUAAGAACAACCAUUUCAUGACUCUGCCUGUGAGUGGCGUCCUAGACCAACUUAGGUCUCUCACUCAGAUUGAUCUGGAAGGUAAUCCCUGGGAAUGCUCUUGUGAUUUAGUGGCCCUGAAACUGUGGCUGGAGAAGCUGAAUGACGGAGUGGCUGCGAAGGAGGUCAAAUGUGCAUCCCCCGUGCAGUUUUCCAAUAUAGAACUACGGCUGUUGAAAAAUGAGAUCAUAUGCCCCAAACUCAUUGCUAGGCCCCCUUUCAUCUUGACCAGUGCUACUAUGGUGGUGACCUCCAUGUCUCCAGCAGGGGUGGGCAAGGCCCCUCCGGGAGGUCCAGUCCCUCUAUCGAUCAUGAUCCUCAGUAUCCUCGUAGUGCUCAUCCUUACCGUGUUUGUUGCUUUCUGCCUCUUGGUUUUUGUGCUGAGGCGCAAUAAGAAGCCAGCAGGACGGCAGGAGGGCAUGGGCAACCAGGAGUGUGGCUCCAUGCAACUCACACUAAGGAGACACAACAAAUCUAACAAGGACGACCUGGGAGGGGAGACGUUCAUCCCCCAAACUAUUGAACAUAUGAGCAAGAGCCAUACCUGUGGGAUUAGGGACUCUGUGUCAGGAUAUAAGUUUGCUGACUCAAAAAGACAGAAAAUAAUCCUGCGAAACAGCGCUGACAAAGACAAGGACUCACUUUCCCCUUUGGACCCCCGAAAUAAGAGAUUGAGCACAAUUGAUGAGCUGGAUGAGUUCCUACCAAGAGAAUCCAACAUGUUUAUUCAGAACUUUUUGGACAGUAAAAGGGGAGAUUUCAACAGUAUAGGGGUGAGUGGGUUUGAAAUCCGUUACCCCGAGAAACAACAGGACAAAAAAAUGAAGAAGUCACUAAUAGGGGGAAACCAUAGUAAGAUAGUAGUGGAGCAAAGGAAAAGUGAGUACUAUGAACUUAAAGCAAAACUUCAAGGUACACCAGACUAUCUUCAGGUUCUAGAGGAACAGACUCAAAUGAGUAAAAUGUAGGCUGUCUAUCCACUCACCCCCAUUCCUCCUAUGACAAAAGUGCCUUGUGGAAAACCUUAUUGACCAAUGGAUAAACUACACAGUAUGCUCCAGUCAUAUAACUUGAUUUUCAAAGAAUCAAUGGCUCUGUUGCAAAUACAGACUUUCCCCUAAUGCGAUGAUGCCAUUAAAAAUAUAUAAACAUCACGUCAUACCACAAGACAUUCUUAAAAGACAAUUGUAGUAUUUUGCUGCUAUUGAAAUUGGUACAGAUUUUUCUUCUCCAACCAAAUCAUUGGAUCAUGAAAAUGUGAGUACCUCAUCAAUAGACCCUUCUGAAGUGUUUUGUGGAAAUAUCAGUUCAGUAUUUUGGAAUAAUCAACUGUAUUGUGACUGCAGGAGGACUGCAAAUUGUGACUGCAGCCCUCCUGGGAAUAUAACGCUCUUGGGAUCCCCCACUUGCAGAUUUACAAUCUGCCUGGAUUAUACUGUAGCUGGUCACUGCUGGGGGACCGUGAUGCCUUGUUUUCACUCAGAAAAGGCACUUAAAAACCGAACAGCAAAAUUGGAAUGAUUCCAUGACUUGUUUGUGUAAAGAGCCAUGUUUAUAGUGUUUGAAUGAAAUGUGGUUCCUCAUCAUAUUUUUGGGUAGGGCACAUGUCGGGACAUUUCUUUUUGUUUUUGCCCAAGAAAACAGCUGCUUGCCAUGUAAGCGUACCAGAUUUAUUUUGUAAGUCUACAUUAUUUGUAUCUGUGGGACAGUUUGUAAAUUACAACAGAAGACAAAACAAAUAUACCUAUAAAAGACAAAACAUUUAAAGAAAAUCAAACAAACAUAAAUAUCUGAUUGAUGACCCCAGUCAACUGUCAAUUGGUAUUACAUUUCUCUACAUUAUUUAUUUUUCUAUGCAGGAUUAUUUAAAGAUUAUUGGUAUUAUUUAAAAGGAAAAUGGACACAUAGAAUGCAUAAGCAAUUCAGGGCCCAGAUUUUGAGCCACAAAUUCUAAUUUUAGUAAAUGUUUCUGUUUUCUGAGUUCAACAAUUUUCGGAUGGCCUGAAAGAAAUGGUAAUAAUGAUGUAUGGCAUUCUCACUAUGAUGUUGCACGAACUGAGGCCUGAUAGUAUUUGAAGUUUCCUUAUUCUUAUAUCCCACAGUAUCUUGUAAGCGGUUUCUUAUUAACAUUAUGCAACCAAAAUAAAUGUGCAUUAAAUAGAAUGGAAUAGAAAGAGAGAGAAAUGCAGUGUAUGAGAUGUUAAAUUUAUCUUUGUAAGACAAUGUGUGGCUAUGAAUUUGUUUUAUAUAGCUACUGAUCUGGACAGAAUCAUAUCAAACACCAUGUGCAAUAUUAAUAUGCUCAAUCAUAAUUGUUUAAAUCCUUUAUUUUAUUUAUUAGUUCGAAAUUAUAUCGUGGCGACAGCUUAUAUUGUUAUUUCAAAUGAUUUUAUCCACUUUAUGUUACCAAGUCCUUAUUUAAAGUAUUGUUAAGUUAAUGAGUGUUUGAAAUACAAAUGAAUAGAAUAUACCUUGAAAGAUAUAAUAAACAACAUUUUCUAUCAGUCAGCAGAAUACUGUAUAUUGGUUAGUUUUUAUUGUAUAAACCUGUUGAGUCAAGGUAUUAAAAUCAGCACCUAUUUGCACUGUGUUUUUCGUUUCCUCAAAGAAAUGUCAUCUUGUUUCCUUAGUAUUUUAAGUUGUUUUUUUAAAUAAAGCCUUGAAUGCUCAUGAAGAAAACCUGGGAAUAGUUGACUAUUUAAACACACAAUUGGUUUUUUCACUGUUCAAUGUGAAUCUCAGUUCGACAAUCGACAGAUACACAUGAAAGUGAAUACAGAUGAUAUAACCGUCAUCAAUGCUGUGUGUGGGUUUUUCUGUCUUGUCCUAUUUGAAUGAUAAAGUAAUGUCUUUCUUAGUUUUUUUUAGGGCCAUAUCACAGUAUUACUACAGAUUUUACAGGAGGAAAUUAAUUAGUGAGUAAAAUACGAUAUUGUGCCCUAGCCUUGGCAGAUGUUAUUGUGCAUGCUUGCUUCUUUAUUUUAAAUGCCUUUUAACAAGCACAGUGAGUCUGCCACCUCCACUAUGCUUCAUCCAGAGAAAAGUAGAUCAGACAUUUUAAUCUGAUUCAGCCAAUGAAUAACUCAUACUGUAUUCUAUGAUAAAAUACAGAGCACAGACAGUAUGUUUUUGGGGGGACUCUGUUAUACAGUAUGCUGUAGAUAUGCAACAACCAAAAUGCAUCUAAUGCUGCAUGGAUCUAGUGCUUACCAGAAGUUUAUUACUUACAACAUUUUAUUUUAAAUGUGUUUUAACAUUUGCUUCUCCCAGAAUUUGUUUUUCAUUUUUGUUAAAAUUUUUUGCUCUGCUACAAUGGGGUUUUUUACAAAUAAAGUUAGGGUUAGCCAUUACACAUUCAUAUUGUUCAUUCAUUUAAUUCACAAAAUGGGUUCACAUACUGUGCUGAUGUACAAAUUUGUCUCCAUUAUGUUGUGGAAAUAGCAAUGUGGAACCAUAUUCUCACUCCCUGUUGUUGAUCAGUAGUCUUCAUUUUUUUUUGUGUCAACUUUUUGGUUUGACAUGUCAGUGUUUCAUACAUUCAGUCUAAUUUAUGCCAUUAUGCAGGGUUCUUCAACUCUUUAACUUCAAGGGCUGGAGCCUGCUGGUUUUCUGUUGUAUCUCAUCAUUAAUUGCACCUGGUUUACCAGGUCUAAAUAGAUCCCCGAUUAGGGGGUUGCUAUGAAAAAAUUUAGUUGAACUGGCUUCAAGGGUCAGAGUUGACUACCCCUGGUCUAGUGAAUGUUAAUAUUUUUUUUUACAAUGCUGAACAAAUUGGGUGAAUGCUAAUGUUGAGAAAAUAUGAAUUGUGAAAAAGUUAUAGCAUUUUUUAUAAAAAUGUUUGCCUCUGUUUUCUUCCUUACCCAAUUUUGUCAUAUUAAGUUGUACUUACGGACCUGGUUUAUCUCAAUAACUCUGAACAUAUUUGGGAGAGUUGAAGAUUAGAGCCAGUCUUCAUCCUAUGUCAAUACAUGUGAGGAUAUGGUCAUUUACCUGAAAACCUCAAUUACUUUAGCUGGUGCCCGAGCCGCCUGAGGAACUUGCUUGCUCGAGGAGACAAGGAAAUCACUCCUCCCAAUACUUCCACUCUCUUUAUGUGAUACUGGCCAAUUUGCAUUGCCCAGUGGGGCGUGCUAGCUGCUCUUCAGCUAUCAGCACAGUUAAUUCUCAUACCUAGUCUGUUGUGAUCAGUUAGUGGUUAAAAUGUAGUGCUUUUGAAUGCUAAUCCACCUGGCAGCCUCUCUUUUUGUUUGCAUUCUAACAUUGUAACAAUGUUGUCAUAUCAUUUUAAUGAUCUAUGAUUUCAAAUCAUUUUCAAAUUAUUAUAAUGUUUUA